CAGCGUCACCCAACUGUUUUAUGUGGGGAAGUAAAACGGAGCGUAAAUCUGGUGUCUCUUUCAUUAUUAGUGUAUAUGUUAGGUUUAUUUUGGGCGUUGUAAGUGAGUUAAAUAAGAUAGUAAAACAGUUCGUCCGUUAAGUUUCAAGAUGUCAUCAAAGAAAGCAAAGAAGCCCGAGGCAGAGCAGCAUGUAGACGCAUCGACGGCGGAUGAAUCACACAGAGAGAUGCUGUUAGUGUUACAGCAAGAACAUGAUGCUCUUACUGACAACCUAAACGCAUUGAAGAUCAGGCUUGAACAACUACGAAGAGAAAAUGAGUUUCUUCAGAACGAGGCGGAUAAAACCAGCAUGGAAAGUAAGGAAUACAUCACAUAUCUGUCAAAGAGAGCAGAAAAGAGACAGAAUGCAAAAGUGACUCUAAGUACUCAGAGCCAUCUGGAGCUGGAGGAGCUGAAGAGACAGAGACAGAAAAUGCAGGAGGAACAUGAGAAACAGACCAACGAGUUAAAGAGGAAGAUUAUGCAGAAGGAAAAUUACCUAGCUCUACUGAAUAAAGAAAUUACAGACCUAAAAGAGUUAAAGACUCUAAAACAGCAGCAGACAUAUCGUAUAGCUGAGCUGGAGAAGGAGCUGACUGCCAUGCAAUGUCAUCAUUCAGAGUCAAUGGUGGCUCACAAAGCGGACCUUCUUAAAGAUAAGAGGAACUAUGAGCAGCAGGCCAAAGACAAGUUGCAAAAUCUGAACACCUCAACCAUCAGCGAGUCAUCGCGCUGCCUGAUGACCCACAUAAAGAAUGUUUUUGAGGAGAACCAGCAUCUUAGAAAGACUCUAAAACAGCUGGUCCAAAGUUAUCACGAUCUAUACAAACAACAGGAUCUUUUGCAGACAAAACGUCAGCAAUUGCUACUGGAGAGAGAUUAUGUACAGUGGCUUCACUGCCAGCGGUUUUCCUCACAUUCAAAACCAACAACUUCAAACACACAAAACCCUUGAGAUCAACCACCGCAACCCUGUAUCACGAAAUGAUGUACCUAUAGUCAAGUAAUUUUGUGAGUGUUUUCCGUGACACUGACACGUUUUUCCGCCUUUUUGCGUGAACAUGUCACGUAUUUCUGUGAACGUGUCACUGUCACGUAUUUGUUACCCAACUGUUUUGUCCUAUUUUCAAACCAUUGUCGCUUCGGUCAACACAGAUGAGUUGUCACAACUUAUAAAAUAUAGUUGAAAAAAGUCAACUUAAUUUUAUAAGUUAUAACAACUCACCUGUAGUUAUAACAACUCAUCUCUAGUCAAGAUAAAUAAUAGUAAGUUGAAAUGACUUGUAAAUCCGAGUUGAUUCAACAAAAAUUUUGAAGGCAGCAAAGUAUUUUUUACAGUGUACCUUUUUUCAUGAUUUAUUUUUUAUAUUUUUUUAUUUUUAAACCAUUGUCGCCUGGCAUUAGGGUUAGAGAUGGGUUUGGGUAAGGAUGUCAUUUUAUGUAAAUCUAACCUUAAACCGAAGCGACAAUGGUUUGAAAAUAGGACAAAACAGUUGGGUAACAAAUACGUGACAGUGACACGUUCACAGAAAUGCGUGACAUGUUCACGCAAAAAGGCGGAAAAACGUGUCAGUGUCACGGAAAACACUCACAAAAUUACGUGACUAUAGGUACGUAAUUUCGUGAUAAUGGGUUGACCACCAAUUUCUGACAAGAGAUUUUCACCUGUUUAGUAAUUGUUUAAAAUCUUCAUUACUCUUCUCUGCAGUUCCAGCCUGUCAUUUAUGUUACUAAAAGGAAAAUGCUGAAACCAUUAACAACAAAGAAAGAGAAAUCUGUUUCGUUCAAUAAACGUAUGAAUGCUAUUGUAA